CAGAGAGACAUGAAUCUACUCUCAACCAGUGAGGGAUUGUUGUUGGCGCAUAAUUGUUGACCUGCUAGGUGUAGUGCUAUUAUGUCAGGUUGAAUCAAAUUAGUAAGUGGCCUAACGUAGAAUUACAUUUUAAAAUUGAGAUUCGCAAAAACACGAUUCCAAAACAUGUACGAGGUAACAAAAUGGUAAACUUCUAAAACUGCAGACCGCAUAGCAGACAGGUUCCUAAGACAUUUUUCUAUGUGCCUAUAAGUGAAAAGCUUUGAGAUACGUGCGUAUUUUAAAAAAUCAAACAGACAAGGAAGUCGUUUUAAAGAUAUUCUUUCACUUUCGAUUCCUGGAAACACCCCUACUUAUUUUCACCGUUGAAUAAACUGCAACACAACCAGUGCAGCAAAAAGAGAGCAGACAUUCGUCGGUAGCUGAGAGGUAUUCUAGCCAGCGACCAUGAGUGAGGGAACGAUGAUGCCCGUGGAUCCUGCCACAGCACAGCUCCUCGCCCAGUGCGGUGAGGUUCUGAUCCAUGUUGUGCAGAAAAAGUUUGGCAUCUCCGCCGUUCUGCACAACAUACAGAGGAGGGACGCGUCAGGUGGUGCCACCGCAGCCCAGACGGGCGGGGAGAAGCGGUGCUCAGUGCGUCUGCCGGGUGGGCUGGAGGUCUCCGUGUGGAGGGAUGACCUGACCACUCACCAGGUGGAUGCUGUAGUCAAUGCCGCCAACGAGGAUCUCCGCCAUGGGGGCGGGCUGGCAGGAGCACUCUCUCGAGCCGGCGGUCCACAGUUCCAGCAGUUGAGUGAUCAAUACAUUAAAAUGAAUGGAAAGGUAAGAACUGGACGAGCCGUUGUGACACAACCCGGAAAUCUCCCCUGUAAAGCGGUCAUUCAUGCUGUAGGUCCAUACAUUUACUGGUCGGCGAUCCCUGGAGAAGUUCAGAGGGCGUCUCCUUUAUUGAAACAGGCAGUUGAGAGCGUCUUACACUUGGCAGAAAAAGAAGGCUUCCGAUCUGUCGCCAUGCCUGCUCUGAGCUCCGGAUUGUUUAAUUUCCCUCUCGAUGCCUGUGCGGAAGUUAUUGUGAGCACCCUGAAAGAUUACCACUACGGCAGUGGUUCACAGCUUAGAGAAGUUCGCCUGGUCAAUAAUGACGAGCGUACAGUCUCAGCGAUGGAGUUGGCUUUCAGAAAGAUUCUGGACUCCAAGGCGUCCUACAGCAGAGCUGUUAAAGAUGCCAGACCCACCUCGUCAUCGUUGCAGAUGGACGCCGUCACCAUGCAUAUCAAAAAAGGGAACAUUGAACAAGAGAAGGUGGAUGUAAUUGUGAAUACAAUAUCUCAAGACCUUAAUUUAUCAAUGGGGAAUGUUUCAACUGCAAUAUUGAAAAAAGCUGGCAGCAAAAUUCAAAAGGACAUUUCAUCACAUUCCCCUCGUUCUCCUCAGUUUGGGGAUGUCAUUGAAACCCGUGGCCAUAUGCUUCAUUCUCAAAAGGUGUACCACACAAUAUGUUCAUCCAGUGAAGGUCAAGGGUCUAAGAUUCUGCGUGAAAUUGUUAAAAAAUGCUUGGACAGGGCAGUCAAGAACAAUUACUCGUCCAUCUCCUUCCCUGCCAUUGGCACUGGUAAUCUGGGCUUCAAGGAAGAGGAAGUAGCCAAAUUAAUGAUUGGAGAAGUUGCAUAUUUUGCCAAGCAACACAAAAGACAGAAGAUGGAUGUUUAUUUUGUUUUGUUUCCCAGUGAUGUAAAGAUAAUAACGGCUUUUGAAAAGGAGAUGCAGCAUCAGAAAUCUGAGCAUUCAGUGCAGUCUAGCAAUGCCAGCAAAGGAUCAUCAGGCUCCUAUGAACGUGAUUGGCCUGUGCCUGAAGACCAACCAUGCAUUGAGCUCCCCAGUUCCUCCGAAGUGGAUCACAGGGAAGCAAGAAGAUGGGUUUAUGAUACACUUUUUCACAACGACAAACAGUGCACCAUAUUUAACAACCACGUCCUGCACUUCGGACAGAGUGAGCAUAAGAAGCUGCUGUCCCUCCAGGCUACGUUUCAUCUGUCCAUCCAGGAGUUCCUUCGUGAUGGUCAGGCUGGAGUGAUUAUCGCAGCACCCUCCCAGUCGGGAAUGCAAGAGGCUGCACUGCGGGUGGAGGCUCUGUGUUGCGAAGCCCAGGAGGAAUUCGCCCAGACCGAGGAGAGUGCCAUGAUGCACGCCGUGGUCCGCUGGAGGUGCCGUGAAGAACCUGGCUUUGAACAACCUGAGAUCACUGGCACUUUGGAAAGGGCCCGCCUUGCAGAGCGCGACAGAGUGACCGUGACAGAGAACGGCUGCAAUCUCCAGGUUUCCCUCAGAAAAAUGGAGGCAAGCGAUCCAACUGGGAAGGGGUGUCGUAUUGAGAGAAUAGGCUUGUAUAAAGACAAUCCCAUGGACCGGAAAUUCAGUAACAGGUCCUUUUAUCAAAGGACGCUGGUGAAGGAUCUUACUAAUGGAGACCGACCAGUCUUGCCAUAUGGUCUUGAUGUUGUUAAGAUCGAGAAGGUGGAGAACCCUCUUCUGGAGCAUCUUUUCCAGCAGAAGCAGAGGCAGGUGUCCGGAGGUUCCAGGCGCAUGUACCAGCAGGUACCAGCACAAUUCUGUGACCUGGUGUGCCGCGUUGGGUUCCAGAGGCAGUACUCCCCACCCAAAGACCAACCUUACGGAGCUGGUAUAUAUUUCGGUAGCAGUGUGUCCUCGGCAAAGAAGCUGGCAGAUCACUUGGAAAAGGAGGAGUAUGUUUACAUUUUUGAGGCCCAGGUGUUGACAGGAAAGGACACCCAUGGCUCCCCCGACUUAAUCAUCCCUCCUGUCCUUGGCUCAGAUCCCCUGUCCCGGUAUGACAGUGUGAAGGGAGGCAGGGACACUCAUGUCAUCUUCAACAGUCACCAGGCUCUUCCUGUGUAUCUGUUCACAUGCAAAAAUAGAUCUCCUUCCAUUUUAACACGCAAAUAGCUAGUGAACAAGUUUGGUGAAAUCCUGACCAGAAUCUGAAAUGAAUAUUGAAUCUGAAAAUGGGAACUGUGAAAAAAUAAGUUAAUCUAAAGUAGUAUACACUGCUGGUCCUGGAUAUCCACAGACUUUGAAUGGGGUUUUUUUUUUUUUGUUGGACAUAGAGCGAUAACAUCAGCAGGACCAUUGUCACCGCCAUCUUGUGACUCUUUAUUUGAUGAUUUGUUGUUUCUUGUAACACAUUGUCAUUCUAUUUCUGCAAUACACAUUGUUUAAUAUAUUGUAUUAAUUUGAACCUGCUGCAUAGUUUUCUUAAGAAAUGCAGUGGAACAGUUUGGUGAAAUCCUGACCAGAAUCUGAAAUUAAGAUAUAUAUAUUUUUUUAAUACCUCUCAACCAAUAGCUGAAUAGCCCCCAGCAGGUUAUUGAGGUCCAAUAUCUUUAGUAUCCAGUGAAAUAUGCAUUAUUUUACAUUUGAAGUUUUGAUUUGUUUUUGGAUUCCUUAUUCCUUUAAAAGUAAAUCAGAAUUGGGAGGUUGUUUCAUUGGAGUUUGCAUAUUUCUGGUUUUGCAUCUAAUUGGCGAACAUUUUUCAUACUUUGAUUUUAAUGAAUUCUGGAUCAUGGAUAAGAGCUCUUUGUAAAGUUGAUUUCUAUAUUCUUAAUGAUUUAAUUGAACAGUCUUGGUGUUGGUUAUGAUAUUAAACAGCAGUGUAGGGCAUUUUACAUAAGUGUGCCUCUCUGCAGACCCCCAAAAGGAAACAGACUGUGUUGACCAUGCUGACACAGGGUCAGCAAGGUUUGAUGAAAAGACAGUGCUCGUCAAUACAGGACUAUUGCUCCCAUCAUUGUGCUGCCACUGUGAAAUUCUGCCACCUCAGUGGAAUGCUCCCAGAACUGAUGAGUUGAAAUUGCACUGUAUAAACCAUGGGUUUUCCAGUGUUUACAGUGUUUAGUGUCUUUAGAUAGCUAAUCAUGUGGGAAAUAGUUUGGUGUCAUUGGUUGUGUAGUAUACUGGUUGCUGAAUAAAGAUCUUGUUGGAAUAAACCACAGGUAAUGCAAGUUACCUGUAAGUCAGCAUCCAGCUGUAAUACGAAGGUUAACCAGGUUUGUUGGACAUACAGAGAUAACAUCAGCAGGACCAUUGUUACCGCCAUCUUGUGACUCUUUAUUUGAUGAUUUGUUGUUUUGAGUGAGGAGACUCACUAAUACGAUCUCCUGCGAACUAUUUGCGUAUAGCCAUUCAUUACAACUUGUAAUUCUUGUAACACAUUGUCAUUCUAUUUCUGCAAUGCAUAUUGUUUAAUAAAUUGUAUUAAUUUGAACCUGCAUCCUCGCACCACUGCACACUUAGCAGUUUAGAGUCCUAACAGACAUAGACAAUAGGAUACCUGUAGUCACUCGCCUACCAGUGCCGUCACAAGAUACAUACUAAGUAUAAUUGUAGGCUAUACAGGCCACGGGCACGUCCGCGUCUAUACAAAUAGAUAGCGAUCAUAUAGAGCCACACUAUUGGCGGACAUUUGCAGUUCCUUUUGUUGAACUGUUAGAACAGAGGAGCAGUUGAACUUAUCUUUUGGAGUCAGAUAAACGAGAGCAAAAUUAAAUUAACCCUGUUCCAGUAGCAUUGGUCAGACUACACGCGUUUCCUUCACCUCUCGGAUACUUCCGCCUUUUGGUGUAUUUGGGGGUUUUCUUAGAGCAGUAUGUGUAUCAUUACAUCUUUAGUCAAACCUGUAUGGGCAAAGAUUUUCAUGUAAUGACGAUGUUAAUGUAUAUUCACAUUUUAAAUAAACAGCAUGCAUAAAGUG